AAAAUGGGUCGAGAGGUUUGUGAGUGCUCAGUUUUAAAACGAAUUCGACAUGGUGAAUUUGCCAAGCCCGCAAGAGCAGCCUGUCCGUAAUGCCAGACAAGCUGGAAGCGUCCGGUUCACGAGGAAUCACCACAACUGGGGUGCUAGAUACGGCAGACAUCGGGACGCGAUGCGCGACAAGGAACCGACCACCGUUUAUGAAUUAGACAGUUUGGCCGUGCACACGGAGGAGCUAAUGGAAAAGUACACACCGAAAUCAAAUAAAAAUUACGCUAUCGCAAUGGAUCUCCUACGUCUUCAGUAUAAUCUGAAUUUUAUGAUAGCAUGCGAACAUUGCAACGGCAAUCACGGGAUUGAUGAACUCAUUGCCCCCGAGCGGUGAUCAGGAAGCAAACGUAUCUGCUAG